AUGGCUGAUCAAGGCCCCGUUACCACCAUCGUGCCCUUUGCCGAUCGCAACAAGCUGCCCGCUUGUGCCGUCUCCUGCAAGGCACUCUACGACGCCAACGCCAACUGCGUCCCCCCCGUCAUCCCUUCUGGCCCCGUCUCCAACUAUGAGGCCUGCUUCUGCAUCAAUAAAAACGUCAUUGCCCUCUCCACCGCUACUGAUGCCGUCUGCAACGAUGUCUGCUCCGCUGAGCAGGGCGGCCAGUCCUCGGUCGCCAAGUGGUUCGGCAGCCUCUGCCACGUUACCGCCGGUGGUGGAACGACUAGCACGGCGACGACCACCACUACAAAGGGCUCAAGCUCAGGAAAUUCGUCCUCUGGUGGCAGCAGCCAGAAAAGCGGCGACUGGAUCUCAAACCAUUGGCAAUGGGUCAUCAUGCUCGUUGUUCUGAUUGUCGCCAUUGCUGGCAUCUGGAUCGGCGCCUGCAUCUGGCGCCGCCGCUACCUCCGCCGCAAGGAUCGUCAGACCUCGCUCGGCCAGAAGCAGUCCGGCUCGGCUUCCCGACCAUCCUGGGGCCCGGGCACUGCUGUGCCCAAGUCCGACUCGGGUGCUCCCAUAACCUACUCCAGCAAUGCCGAGGCUGCCUAUCCGUCGUUUGACUCAGCCGAGAAGCCCAAGCAAAAGAAGAAGUGGACUGUCACCUCGAGGACAUGA